AUGUCCUCCCAGAGGCCCCUCCUAGGCGACACCAACGGCCAAUACCGCAUCCUCGUACUAGGGAACUCAGGUUCUGGAAAGUCGACGACGGCGAGGAGACUCUCUCGUCUUUUGAACAUCCCCCACAUUGCCCUUGACGCCCUCUAUUUUGAGCCCAACUGGGUCGAAUCGUCGACUGAAGUGAUGGUUCAAAAGGUUCGCGGUGCUCUGGAGGAUGCUGGUGGGUCGUGGGUCGUCGAUGGGGACUUCAUGAGCAAAAUAGGUGGAUUGGUCCUCGAUGCGACUACUGAUAUUGUUUGGCUCGAUCCACCGCUUCUUCUGUACUUCCCCCGCCUGAUGCUUCGAACAUUCCGUCGGCUGCUGGGUUGGGAAGCGCAAUGCAGGCCGGGGUGCGAUGAGACGUUGUCGACGUUCUUCUCUGGCGAAAAUAUACUUCUGUACGCCCUCACCGUACAUCGACGUAAACGGAGGACGUACCAGGAGAUAAUGGAUCUACUCGGAGUUGGUGUAGGCACGGAUGUGCAUGGUCGUCGGAUGAGACGGAUUGGGGGAUGGGGCACAGAGUUGGAAGAAUGGCUGGGAGAAGUUGAGAAGUUGAGCAAAGGCGAUUGAGUUACAACUCCCAGUAUAUAAUGAGGGAUGCUAAUUAUAGAAUAAACUCGCUGCACUGCUCUUUCAGACCGGUUAAA